CUAGGAGGACAAGGCUAUAACGUUGCACUUGGGAGAAGAGAUGCAAGAGCGGCCAACUUCACUGGUGCUUUAACUCAGCUUCCAGCUCCGUUCGACAAUCUAACCGUCCAAAUAAGAAAAUUUAAUGACAAAAACUUUAAUGCCCGGGAAAUGGUGGCGCUAGCCGGUGCCCACACGGUGGGUUUCACCAGGUGCGCCACCGCGUGCAACAGCAACAACGUUAACCCAGCGGCACGUCUUCAAUGCAACUGCUCCGUCACCCAAAACGACACCAACUUGCAACAACUGGAUACAACUCCUGCUGUGUUCGACAGAGUUUACUUCCAGGACUUAAACAGGAACCAGGGCAUACUUUUCUCGGAUCAAGUGUUGACGGGGAAUACCACCACUGCUGCUAUUGUUACGACCUACAGCAAUAAUGGUGCUGUUUUCCUGGGAGAUUUUGCUGCUGCUAUGAUCAAGAUGGGAAACUUGCCUCCCUCACCGGGCGUUCAAUUGGAAAUUCGUGAUGUUUGUAGCAGGGUCAAUCCCAGCUCUGUGGCUUCUAUGUGAAAGGAAAACUUGAAUUUGGCAAAAAGGAAUUCAUGAACUCGCUAUUAGUUGGUUGAUGUUUUCUUAAAAUAAAAGAAUCACUGGUUCGUGAAUGUGGUUCUAAUAUUUGUUUUAUAAUUUGUUGUAAUAUUUGGUUUCGCUCUUCUUGUCUAAUCAUUUGAUUCCAUGUAUAAGUUCCAAAAUUAAUGUACUCAUAUAUUAAUUUUCCAGUGUUGAAAAAUUCUGAAUCAGUUAAGGAGUUGAUCAGAACAGUUUAAAUUUGUAGUUUGUCUAUUCCACAAUGAUGACAACUAAAGUUCUUUCUCUUUUUAAAAGAAGACUUUUUGGAAA